CUGCCCCUGUCACAAGGAAGGUUCCUCCUCCCUGUCUCUUUUAGCAACCAGCAAGCGGUUACCAUGGCAACCAAACUACCUCGUUCAGAGUUGGGGAAAGUUUGUGUUCUGCAGCAAAGUGAGAGCCAGGGGAGCAGCAGAACUUCAGCCCCAAUAUUGGCUGCAUUUAAUUCCCAUGCAAUUUAACAAUUUAAAGUGUAAUUGUGCAGAGAAAGAGGAUCAAUAGAGGGGAGCAGUGAGACUGACAGGGAUAAUUGCUGGGCAAGGGACAAACACAAACACACCUCUCAGCCUGUAACUUAGUUACCAAAGUUUGUCUCCAAUCUGUCUCCAAUAUCAGAGGCAUUUUUGUACAAAUAAGAAGUGCUUGAUGGGACACAGGCUAUGUCUGGUGACUAGAAAUAUUGCCUGUUUAAAGAGAAAAAUCAAAUCAUAAGGGAUACACUGCUAUCUGCAAUGGAAUCUUCCCAGACUCCGAGACUCUUGAAGCUGAAAGCGGACUCUUUGUACAACAUGAGUCAUUCCAGAGGACUUCCAGGUUUACCUCCAUUACCAACAACAUCUACAAAUGAGCCAUCAGAAUUAUAUCAGCUUGUCCUUAAACACAGUAAUUACCCUCCACUUAUGCAAAGUAGAUCGUGGACUCUGGCUUCUCCUUUCAAAGAGCAUCGUUUUCACCGCAGUCCUAGCAACUCCAUAGGAAACAACUUCUCGCCCACAGCCCGUGACCUGAAACUCACUGAACUUUUGAAAAAGUUACCCUCUCCCAGACCUAAUGCAGAAUUAAUAACAUCAGGAAAGAGACCUGCAUCAUCUAUAAAGGACUCUUCAUCUGUCCAAAGGAAACCAAAACUAUCUCCGAUAAGCAAAUAUAUCUCUGAGAGGCCAAAUCCGCAUAAACAGAAUGUUUUGGACCAACCUUAUGUGGACGAUCCAGAUUCUCAACACAGCACUGUGGUAUAUCCAGAAAGCAGGCCUAUGUCACCAGAGGAACAAGUUUUAGUAAUAUUGAAGCACGAGGAGGAAAUAAAUAAAAAAGAAGAAAAGCCAUCUGAAAGAGAUCUUGAGAGGUAUUUCUUCUACAUACACCAUGGGAUUCAGAAUGAAAUGCUAGCACCCCAGAAGACUGAACAGAUGGACAGAAUAUUAAUAAGUGUUCCUAACUACCUUUUGAACAACCCAAGCCUGGAAAAAUUAAUUCUGAAAAUAAAGGAAGAGAUUGAAUAUGAUUAUUAUAAAAGCCUCAGGAGAAGUAUUGUUGAUUAUAUCCUGAUGGAUCCAGAAGAGAAAGAAAGACUGUUUAUUGCCAACAUCCCUCGUCCUUUUCCUCAUAGAUUAAUCCGGGCGCCAGUUCCCUGGCAUACCUCUUACAAUGAUGCCCACGGAUGGAAUGAAGACCACCUCUUCACUGUAAACCCAAUGAUGCUGUCACUGCAGGAACUCUGGAUUAAUCAAUUUGAUGACUUGCGGUUUGUCCGUAUUAAGGACAUGCUUUCUGGCUGUUUGCCUCUGCUUCCAGAUGAAUUUGAAGAUGUAGUCCAAAGGCAUUGCCAGGAAGCACGUACCACUUUACGAAACAAGUGGAUACCAGCCUGUGCUUCACUCUUCACAUCUGAAAAGGAUAAAUGGAUACAUUUAGUUCCCCAACAUGACAACGAUUCCACACUCCAAGUACAAGAGUUUUUUGCAUGUGUUGCCUCUCUAAUGUCUCAUCAGUUGCGUGGGAUGGUCAUCAAUUCUCUUCAAGACUUGCUUUCCUUUUUCACUCUGCACCAGGAUGGAAAUGAUUUUGGAGAUACAUAUGACGAGAUGAGAUUCUGUACUGCUCAGAUUCUUAUAGUCAAGCUCAGAGUUGAAGAGCCCAAAAUAGCAUUUCAGCCAUCCUUGGAAGAAUGCUGGGGUCUAAUUAAGUGCUGCUUCUUUGAGAUACUGACGAGUGCCGAGGGACUUCCCAAAGUUGAGGUUGAUCUCUUUCCUGAUCUUCAGAUGGAAAACCUCACUCUCAGCUCAGUCACGCAAGACGAAUCUUUGGUUUCAGACUACAUCAAAAAAACCAUGGAGGUCUUCAACAUGAACAUAGUUGGGCCGCAGAAGUACUUAAAUGUUUACAAAAAAUAUAAUGACCUUCUAAACCAGAAAGCCCAACAGGAUGUCAACUCAUUUCUAAAAGAGGAACACUCUCUCCAUGCAUUUACAAAGAAAAUCAAUAGCAUUUCGCAGCUAAGGGGAGAAAUUGCCUCCAUGCAUAUUACAGUUCCACUUGCUCUGUUCUGCCUGGAUACCUUGAGACUGAAUGAAGAUCUUUGUGCCAAAGCCCAAAAGCUAAAGGAUCAACUUAUUCAGUAUGUAGUGGAGGAAAACAGAGUUCUCAAUAAAAGCAUCUGCUCCAAAUACAGCCUUAUUGCUGAUAAGGUGAAUGAAGUGCCUUCUACCACAGAAGAACUGGUUGCUUUAAUUGACUUUCUCAAAAAGUCAAGGGAUGUUACAGUUUAUAAGCUGAAAGAUGAGAUCUCAGAAGCUGCCAGUAGGUUAGCAUUCCUGCUGGACUAUGCUACCCUCCUCUAUGAUGACCUGAAACUUAAUAGCACCGUUUUUCAUUGGCCGGAACAAAUUGAAACAGUGUUUGAAGUCAACAACAACCGGUUAAUGGCUAAGAAAGACCAGGCAGAGGAUGAUCUUAAUACAAGGCGUUCUGAAUUUGAGAAAAAGCUCCAAGGCUACAUUACAGAAAUAGAAGCCUUUAAAAAACGUGAAACUAUGACUCUGGAUGAAAUGAAGGCCAAUGUUGAAAAACUGAAUGAACUAGACAGAAACUUAAAUGCGGCUCUUGCUGAAUUUGAGGCCAUCAAUAUAGAAGAGGAGCUUCUGGAAUGGGAAAAAAGUCAGUUUCCUUUGUUGCAGACUGCAAUGCUUAAUAAGGUCCCUUAUGAGCAACUAUGGAUAACAGCAUACAAUUUCCAUUGUAAAUCCGAGGAAUGGAUGAAUGGUGCCUUCCAAGAACUGAAUGCAGAAGACAUUACGGAGGAGGUCGGUAACAUGUGGAGGAAUAUGUAUAAACUUUCCAAAACAUUUGCUGACAUGCCUGGGCCCAAGCGAGUGGCAGAAAACAUGAAGAUCAAAAUCGAUAAAUUCAAAAUGCAUCUUCCUGUUAUCUCUGUCAUCUGCAAUCGUGGAGUAAAGAAACGACAUUGGGAACAGAUCAGCGAUGUUGUGGGCUAUGACAUUACACCAGCUCCAGAAACAUCGCUUCUUAAUAUGUUGGAAUAUGGACUGUCAAAAUACAUUGAAAGAUUGGAGCAGAUUGGUGCAUCAGCCAGCAAGGAAUAUUCCCUUGAGAAAGCUUUGGAGAAGAUGAAAUUGGAAUGGUCCAACAUCAUCUUCGUUUUCAUCCGAUACAGAGAAACUAGCACAAGUAUCCUGUCUGCUGUAGACGAUAUCCAGUUAUUGCUCGAUGAUCACAUCAUUAAAACUCAGACCAUGUGUGGCUCUCCUUUCAUUAAACCUAUUGAAGCAGAAGCCAGGGAAUGGGAGCAGACCCUUGUUCUGAUUCAGGAGAUCAUGGAUGCCUGGUUAAAGUGUCAAGCAACCUGGUUGUACUUAGAGCCAAUAUUCAGUUCUGAAGAUAUUAUUGCACAGAUGCCUGAGGAAGGACGAAAGUUUGGCAUUGUGGACAGCUACUGGAAGAAUAUUAUGGCAGAGGCAGUGAAGGAUACACGAGUGCUUAUCGCAACUAAACAGGAAAACAUGCUAGGAAGACUUCAGGAAUCUAAUGUCCUGCUCGAGGAUAUUCAGAAGGGUCUUAAUACAUAUCUGGAGAAGAAAAGACUAUACUUUCCAAGAUUUUUCUUCCUCUCCAAUGAUGAGCUGUUGGAAAUCUUAUCGGAAACCAAAGACCCACUGAGAGUGCAGCCUCACUUAAAGAAGUGCUUUGAAGGGAUUGCCAAACUGGAAUUCACAGAAGAUAUGCAAAUUACCGGAAUGAUCAGUUCAGAGAAUGAAAUCGUUCCUUUAUCGCAGAAAAUUUACCCAGCGAAGGCAAAAGGCAUGGUUGAAAAAUGGUUGCUGCAGGUGGAGGAAAAUAUGCUAUCCAGUAUGAGACAAGUCAUUCGAGAUGGGAUAGAUGGAUAUGUAGAGGUUCCUCGGAAACAGUGGGUUCUACAGUGGCCUGGCCAAGUAGUUAUUUGUGUUUCUUCUAUUUACUGGACAAAAGAAGUAUCAGAAGCAAUUUCAGAAGGAACAUUACCAGCUUUUCUGGAGAAAAGCAAUCAGCAAAUCGGAGAGAUUGUUGAACUGGUGCGAGGGAAGCUUUCUAGUGGUGCAAGGGCCACUCUUGGAGCACUUACUGUCAUUGAUGUUCAUGCCCGCGAUGUUGUCGCAAAACUGGCCCAGGACAAAGUGUCUAGUUUAAGCGAUUUCCAGUGGAUCUCUCAGUUGAGAUAUUUCUGGGAAGGCCAAGAUGUUAUGGUCAAAAUGAUCACCACAGAAGUCAAAUAUGGAUACGAGUACCUGGGAAACUCUCCAAGACUGGUUAUUACACCACUGACUGAUCGGUGUUACCGGACCUUGAUGGGUGCUCUAAAAUUGAAUUUAGGAGGUGCUCCAGAAGGACCAGCAGGGACUGGCAAAACAGAAACAACUAAAGAUCUAGCAAAAGCCUUGGCCAAACAGUGUGUUGUAUUUAAUUGCUCUGAUGGCCUUGACUAUAAAGCUAUGGGAAAGUUCUUCAAAGGGCUUGCACAAUCCGGAGCGUGGGCUUGCUUUGAUGAAUUCAACAGAAUCGAGGUUGAGGUACUGUCAGUGGUGGCCCAGCAGAUUCUGAGCAUCCAACAAGCAAUCAUCCGAAAUAUGAAAACAUUUUUCUUUGAGGGCACUGAGCUGACUUUAAAUCCAACCUGUUCUGUGUUCAUUACCAUGAAUCCUGGAUAUGCAGGUCGAGCUGAGCUUCCUGACAAUUUGAAGGCUUUAUUCAGAACAGUUGCUAUGAUGGUGCCUGACUAUGCUUUAAUUGGAGAAAUUUCUCUUUACUCUAUGGGUUUUCUGGACUCUAGAAGCUUGGCCCAGAAAAUUGUCGCCACAUACAGACUGUGCUCGGAGCAACUGUCAUCUCAGCACCAUUAUGAUUAUGGAAUGCGGGCAGUAAAAUCUGUACUGACUGCCGCAGGAAACCUCAAACUGAAGUACCCAGAGGAAAAUGAGAGUGUGUUGCUGCUGCGGGCUUUGCUGGAUGUGAACCUGGCUAAAUUCUUGGCACAGGAUGUACCCCUGUUCCAGGGCAUCAUUUCUGAUCUCUUCCCUGGAGUGGUUCUUCCCAAACCAGAUUAUGACCUUUUUAUCCAGGCUCUUAAAGACAAUAUUGCAAAAUUAAAACUGCAGCCUGUCCCUUGGUUCAUUGGGAAAAUAAUUCAGAUUUAUGAAAUGAUGUUGGUGCGCCAUGGCUUCAUGAUUGUAGGGGACCCCAUGGGUGGUAAAACAUGUGCUUACAAAGUCCUCUCAGGAGCACUUGCUGAUCUGCAUGCAGCCAACUCUAUGGAUGAGUAUGCUGUUGAAUCUAGAGUGAUUAAUCCAAAAGCCAUAACGAUGGGACAGUUAUAUGGUUGUUUUGACCCAGUAAGUCAUGAGUGGACAGAUGGUGUGUUGGCAACUACCUUUAGAGAACAAGCUUCUUCAACCACAGAUGACAGGAAGUGGAUUAUAUUUGAUGGUCCUGUGGAUGCUGUUUGGAUUGAGAAUAUGAACACAGUUCUUGACGACAACAAAAAGUUGUGUUUGAUGAGUGGGGAAAUAAUUCAGAUGAGUGCAAAAAUGAGUUUAAUCUUUGAGCCAGCUGACUUGGAGCAGGCAUCCCCAGCCACUGUGAGCAGGUGUGGCAUGAUCUACAUGGAGCCUCAUCAGCUUGGCUGGAAGCCUUUACAAGACUCCUACAUGAGCACUCUGCCUGUAAACCUCACAAGCGAACACAGAGAGAUGAUCUCUGACAUGUUUGACUGGCUCCUUCAACCCUGCUUGGAUUUUAUCCGCUUGGAAUGCAAAUUUUUAGUGCACACGUCUCCUAUUCACCUGGCAUAUAGCAUGAUGAGACUGUACACCUGUCUGCUCGAUGAAAUAGUGAAUUCUUCUGAAGAAGGCAAUGAACCCAUGUCCAGCCAGCAGAUAACUCUGUGGCUCCAGGGACUCUUUCUCUUUUCAGUUGUGUGGACCAUAGGAGGAACCAUCAAUACAGACAGCAGAAAAAAAUUCGAUACUUUCUAUCGGAACCUUUUAAUGGGAUUAGAUGAACAUCAUCCACGACCCAAAAGUGUUAAACUGACAAAAAACAACUUAUUUCCAGAGAAAGGCAGUGUCUAUGACUUCUAUUUCCACAAACAAGCAAGUGGCCAGUGGAAUAUUUGGACUGAUUACAUUACAAAAGAAGAACUGACCAUUCCCCCCACAGCCAAGGUAUCAGAUCUAAUUAUUCCUACAAUGGAGACUGCCAGGCAGACCUUCUUUUUGAAGACAUAUUUGGAACAUUCGGUGCCAAUGCUGUUUGUAGGGCCAACUGGAACAGGGAAAUCUGCAAUAACUAACAGCUUUUUAAUAAAACUCCCUAAAAACAAGUAUGUUGCCAACAGUAUCAACUUCUCAGCAAGAACAUCAGCCAAUCAGACUCAAGAUAUCAUAUUUUCAAAGUUAGAUCGGAGAAGAAAGGGCCAAUUUGGUCCCCCAGUUGGGAAGCAGGCUGUGGUGUUUGUGGAUGACUUAAAUAUGCCAGCAAAGGAGGUAUAUGGAGCGCAACCACCCAUAGAAUUAUUGAGACAGUGGAUAGACCAUGGACACUGGUACGAUAGAAAGGACACAUCACGUCUAGAUAUUCUAGAUGUCUUGUUUGUAUCUGCAAUGGGACCUCCUGGUGGAGGGAGGAAUGACAUUACAGGGCGCUUCACCCGCCACUUGAACAUUGUUACUAUAGAUGCAUUCGAUGAUGAAACACUGACAAAAAUAUUUGGCUCUAUAGCUGACUGGCACUUCAGCAAAGGAUUUGAUAUUGCUUUUCUAAGAACAGGAAAGCUCAUGAUACAAGCUACAAUGGCAAUUUACAAAGCAGCGGUGGAAAACUUCCUUCCAACCCCAUCCAAGUCUCAUUAUGUCUUUAACCUGAGAGAUUUUUCUCGUGUGGUUCGGGGAGUAUUGCUGUGCCCUCACACCCACCUGCAGGAUAAUGACAAGCUAAUCAGGCUUUGGAUCCAUGAAGUGUACCGUGUUUUCUACGAUCGUUUGAUUGACCCUGAAGAUCGACAAGUAUUUUUUAACAUUGUUAAAGAGACGACUUCUAAUUGCUUCAAGCAAAGUGUCGACAAGGUUCUAAGCCAUCUGGCUCCUACAGGAAAAGUCGUUGAUGACAAUAUUCGAAGCCUGUUCUUUGGAGAUUACUUCAAACCAGACAGCGACACAAAGGUCUAUGAUGAAAUUACAGAUUUGAAGCACCUGACCUCAGUCAUGGAACACUACCUUGAAGAAUAUAAUAAUGUCAGCAAAGCACCCAUGUCUUUGGUUAUGUUCAGAUUUGCCAUUGAGCACAUCUCAAGAAUCUGUAGAGUGUUAAAACAGGAUAAUGGUCAUCUGCUUUUGGUUGGCAUUGGUGGUAGUGGGCGCCAAAGUGCAACCAAACUGGCCACAUUCAUGAACUCAUUUGAGCUUUUCCAAAUUGAGAUCACAAAGAAUUAUACCAUCAGUGAAUGGCGUGACGAUGUGAAGAAAGUGAUGCUGCAAGCUGGGGUAGCCGGCAAAAACACGGUCUUCCUGUUCUGUGAUAAUCAGAUCAAAGAUGAGGGCUUUGUGGAAGAUAUAAACAUGCUCUUGAACACUGGAGAUAUCCCCAAUAUAUUCCCAGCGGAUGAAAAAGCAGAGAUUGUUGAGAAGAUGCAGGCUAUUGCAAGGACAGAAGGCAGGAAAAUUGAUGCUACUCCAAUGGCAAUGUAUAACUUCUUCAUAGAAAAAGUCAAAGCAAAUUUGCACAUGGUGCUGGCCAUGAGUCCUAUUGGGGAUGCUUUUCGUAAUCGACUUCGCAUGUUCCCAUCGCUUAUAAAUUGCUGCACCAUUGAUUGGUUCCAGACCUGGCCAACUGAUGCGUUGGAAAUGGUUGCAAACAAAUUUUUGGAAGAUGUGGCACUUGAUGACGAUAUUAGGAAAGAGGUCGUUUCCAUGUGCAAGUAUUUCCAGGAAACGGUCAAGCAGAUGUCCGACAGCUAUUACAACACUCUUCGGAGACACAACUAUGUUACACCAACUUCUUACUUGGAGUUGAUCCUUACUUUCAAGACCUUGCUUAACAGCAAAAGGCAGGAGGUGGACACCAUGAGAAAUCGCUACUUGGUUGGUUUAGAGAAACUUGAAUUUGCUUCAUCACAGGUCUCAGUAAUGCAAAAGGAACUGACAGCUCUGCAGCCAGAACUGAUUAAAACAUCAGCUGAAACAGAGAAGAUGAUGAUCAAAAUUGAAUCAGAGACAAUUGAGGUUGAUGCUAAAAAAGAACUGGUAUCUGCGGACGAGAAGGUGGCCAAUGAAGCAGCGGCAGCUUCCAAGGCAAUCAAGGAUGAAUGUGAAGGAGAUCUCGCUGAGGCAAUGCCGGCACUAGAAGCCGCCUUAUCAGCACUGGAUACUCUCAACCAAUCAGAUAUCUCUCUUGUGAAAUCAAUGACAAAUCCACCAGCUCCCGUAAAGCUUGUCAUGGAGAGUAUAUGUGUUAUGAAGGGUAUAAAACCAGACAGGAAGCCUGACCCAAGCGGAACAGGUAAAAUGGUAGAAGAUUUUUGGGGGCCUUCCAAAAAGGUUCUAGGCGAUCUGAAGUUUCUUGAAAAUUUGAAGGCAUUCGAUAAGGAUAACAUCAAUCCUGCAGUGAUGAAGAAAAUAAGAGAAAAAUUUAUUGACAAUCCUGAUUUUCAGCCUUCUGUCAUCAAGAAUGUUUCCUCAGCCUGCGAAGGACUUUGCAAAUGGGUGAGAGCAAUGGAAGUGUAUGAUCGAGUGGCUAAAGUGGUUGCCCCAAAACGGGAACGUCUUAAAGAAGCUGAAGGUAAACUCUUUAUACAAAUGCAGCAGUUAAAUACAAAAAGGGCAGAGCUGAAGGCUGUAGAGGAUCGUCUUCAAGCUUUGAAUGAUGAAUUAAGCGAUAUGAAUAAGAAGAAGAUGGAACUGGAAAAUAACAUUGAACUCUGUUCUCAGAAAUUGGUACGUGCAGAGAAACUGAUCAGUGGCCUAGGUGGAGAAAAAGAUAGGUGGACAGAAGCGGCAAGAUUGCUAGGCAUCAGGUACAAUAAUCUUACUGGGGAUGUACUACUAUCAUCAGGUACAGUAGCCUAUUUAGGAGCAUUCACAGUAGACUACCGUCAAGAAUGCCAGAAUCAAUGGCAGAUUUUAUGCAAAGAAAAGAAAAUACCUUGCUCAGAUGACUUCAACUUAAGUUCUACUUUGGGAGAUCCAGUUAAAAUUCGCACUUGGCAAAUUGCUGGUUUGCCUGUCGAUUCUUUUUCUGUGGACAAUGGUAUUAUUGUUUCUAAUUCAAGAAGAUUUCCUUUGAUGAUUGACCCUCAAGGACAAGCCAACAAGUGGAUAAAGAACAUGGAGAAAGCCAACAAACUUUUUGUUAUCAAGAUAUCUGAUGCAACGUAUACAAGGACCCUAGAAAAUGCCAUCCAGUUUGGAAACCCAGUUUUACUUGAAAACCUUGGUGAGGAAAUAGAUGCAGUUUUGGAGCCUCUGCUGCUAAAACAGACAUUUAAACAGCAAGGUGUAGAAUAUAUAAGGCUAGGUGAAAACAUUAUAGAGUACUCAAAAGAUUUUAGACUUUAUAUGACCACCCGCUUAAGAAACCCUCAUUACCUUCCAGAAGUGGCUGUUAAAGUGUGUCUCCUUAACUUCAUGAUAACACCCUUGGGUCUUCAGGACCAACUUCUCGGCAUUGUAGCAGCAAAAGAAAAACCUGAACUGGAGGAAAAGAAGAAUCAGCUGAUUGUCGAAAGUGCAACCAACAAAAAACAACUGAAAGAAAUAGAAGACAAAAUUUUGGAAGUCCUUUCAUCCUCGCAAGGAAACAUUUUAGAAGAUGAGACGGCCAUUAAAGUUUUGUCUUCAUCAAAACUACUCUCAGAGGAAAUUUCUGAAAAGCAACAAAUUGCCUCUGCAACUGAGAAAGAAAUAGAUUCAACACGAAUGGGAUACAAACCAGUGGCAGUUCAUUCAUCUAUUAUAUUCUUUUGCAUUUCUGACCUAGCCAAUAUAGAACCAAUGUACCAGUAUUCUUUGACCUGGUUUAUAAACCUUUAUGUUCACUCCCUUGCACAUAGCAAGAAGAGUGAAAACCUGCACGAGAGAAUUGAAAAUAUAAUUGGACACUUUACAAUAAGUACUUACAACAAUGUUUGCAGAUCGCUUUUUGAAAAAGACAAACUUUUGUUCUCACUUCUGUUGACAAUCGGUAUUAUGAAAGGUGAAGGCAAAGUAAAUGAUGAUGUUUGGCGUUUCCUCUUGACUGGUGGUAUAGCACUUGACAACCCAUACCCAAACCCUGCUUCUAUGUGGCUGUCUGAUAAAUCUUGGGCUGAAAUUGUACGGGCAUCAAAUCUAGAGCCUCUUCGUGGCUUCAUGAACCACGUAACAGACAAUAUUUCUGAGUGGAAAACAAUUUAUGACUCUUUAAAUCCUCAAGAUGAAGCCCUUCCAGAUAAGUGGAAAGACCUAAAUGGUAUAAAUCGAUUGGUGGUGCUUAGGUGUCUCAGGCCUGAUAAAAUGGUUCCAGCGGUCCAAGAAUUCAUUUCCGAAAAUAUGGGCAAAAAGUUUAUUGAACCGCCAACAUUUGACCUCGCUGGAAGCUACAAUGAUUCCAACUGCUGUGCUCCUUUGAUUUUUGUGCUGUCGCCGGGAGCUGAUCCAAUGGCCGGCUUGUUGAAGUUUGCUGAUGACCUGGGCAUGGGAGGAGAAAACAUUCAAACCAUUUCCCUUGGGCAGGGCCAGGGGCCAAUAGCAGAGACAAUGAUACAUGCCGCCAUCAAAAAGGGCUCCUGGGUUGUCCUACAGAACUGCCACCUUGCCACCAGCUGGAUGCCGGCUCUGGAGAAAAUAUGCGAAGAGACGAUUGUGCCGGAGAAUACGAACGAGAAGUUCAGGCUCUGGCUGACCAGUUACCCUUCAGACAAGUUUCCUGUGAGUAUUCUUCAAAACGGAAUCAAAAUGACAAACGAGCCUCCAAAGGGUCUGAGGGCCAAUCUGCUACGAUCUUACCUUAAUGACCCGGUAUCUGACCCAACAUUCUUCAACUGCUGCCAAAAACCUCAAAUUUGGCAAAAACUGUUAUUUGGGCUUUGCUUUUUUCAUGCUCUUGUUCAAGAAAGGAGGAAUUUUGGCCCUUUAGGCUGGAAUAUUCCAUAUGAGUUCAACGAAUCUGAUUUAAGGAUCAGCAUGAGACAGCUACAGAUGUUUUUGAAUGAGUACGAAGAAGUACCGUUUGAAGCACUGACAUAUUUAACAGGUGAAUGUAAUUACGGAGGAAGAGUGACUGAUGACAAAGACAGGAGACUUCUCCUCUGCUUGCUGUCUAUAGUCUAUAACAAAGACAUACAGCUGGACAAGUAUAGACUCUCAACAGGAGACACAUACUAUAUUCCUUCAUACGGUACAUACCAGUCCUGCGUUGACUACAUAAGAAGUUUACCACUUAUAACCCACCCAGAUGUGUUUGGGCUGCAUGAGAAUGCUGAUAUCACCAAGGAUAACCAAGAGACCAAUCAGCUUUUUAGUGGUGUUCUCCUAACUUUACCCAGACAAACCAGUGGCAGUGGCAGAUCUCCUCAGGAAAUAGUUGAGGACUUGGCCAAAGAUAUACUCAACAAAUUGCCUAGAGAUUUCAACCUGGAUAAAGUGAUGGAAAAGUAUCCAGUUGUCUAUGAAGAGUCAAUGAAUACUGUCCUCAGACAGGAGCUAAUCAGAUUUAACAGGCUGACAGCAGUGCUACGGAGCAGUCUCAUAAACCUCGGAAAAGCAAUCAAAGGGCAAGUACUCAUGUCUGCCGAACUGGAAAAUGUGUUCAACAGCAUGUUGGUGGGAAAAGUUCCGUCAAUGUGGGCAGCCAAGUCUUAUCCAUCAUUAAAGCCUUUGGGAAGCUACGUGGCUGACCUUCUCUCCAGGUUACAGUUCCUACAGGACUGGAUAGACAACGGUCCUCCCAAAGUUUUCUGGAUCUCAGGAUUUUACUUCACUCAGUCCUUCCUAACGGGAGUCUCCCAGAACUAUGCCAGGAAACACACCAUUCCCAUUGAUCACAUUGGCUUCCAGUUUGAGGUGACCAGGUAUAAAAGUGACGUGGCUGAAGCGCCAGCAGAUGGAGCUUACGUGAAGGGACUCUUCUUAGAAGGAGCCCGGUGGGACCAACAGACAAUGCAAAUCGGCGAGUCGCUUCCAAAAAUACUUUAUGAUGCGUUGCCCAUAAUUUGGCUCAAACCAGGUGAAAGUGCAAAGUUCCAGUACACAAAUACAUAUCUGUGCCCUGUUUAUAAAACCAGCGCCAGGCGAGGAACCCUUUCAACUACAGGCCAUUCCACUAACUACGUUCUCUCCAUAGAGUUGCCCUCACACAAGCCUCACAAACACUGGACCAACCGAGGGGUGGCCGCUCUGUGCCAACUCGAUGACUAGUUGGGGCUCAGGCUCUUUACAUUCAGGCUUCACGUGCCUGAAGUUCUAUAUUUGUGUACAAUACAAGAAAAUGAUAAAAAAAUAAAUAAUAUAUUUCUGAAGUCGAAAACGUUGAAUAGUAGUCUGGCUUUGUACAAACUGCUAUUUUUCCACAUUUUGAUGCCAGUUCAGGAGCAACUAUUGAUGUCUCCAUAACAUGAUAUGAAUUCGAAUGGGUCUCUUUCUUAGAAUACAUUUGUUUUUACAAUGAAACCAAGAAAUUGCACUUUGUGGGUCUCUGUUUAAAGCAGAAAUGCAAUUGUCUUGUUUUGUAAUCAUUGAAAAGAAGGGGAAGGUUCACCUCUAAAUUAUUUUUCAUAGUUUUUUAAUUAUUUGCCUUCUUCGGAUUAUUUGCGGAUUAUUUAAAUGGGGGUCACUGACCUCAUCUAUAAAACAAAUGCUCUAUAAGGCUACAAACAGUGAUUGGGGGCGAAUUUGUCCCGUUCCGCUGAGAAAUUCACAGGUGAAACGCGACUUUUAAUGCCGGCGACAAUUCGCUGGCUGACGAGAUUUGACGCACAUUAAAGUCAAUGGGUGUCCGUUUAAUUGUCGCUGGCGUCCAAAAAAUCUUUGCCGGCUAAUUUUCCCAGCAAAUUCGUGAAUUUAUUCGCCGGCGGCAAGAUGCGAAUACAUUUGCCCAUCACUAGCUACAAAUUAAAUUUUUAUUACUCAUCUUCCUAUUCAGGCCUCUCCUAUUCAUAAUCCAGUCUCUUAUUCAAAUCAAUGCAUGGUUGCUAGGGGAAUUUGUUCCCUUGCAACCAAACUGAUAAAACUGGAGAGCUGCUGAAUAAAAAGCUAAAUAAGUAAAAAACAAAUACAGGUAUGGGACCUGUUAUUCAGA